GGAGAGAUCAGUGUUGCUCCUGUCAGUACUUCUACUGUCUUCCCCACCCCAAAGCCAAGAAUUUCUGGGAUGGGAUAGGCAACUGGCCCACCUCCUCUUUCUCCUCCCACCCCAAGCUGGAGAGGGUAGGGCGGGGAAAACAAAAGUUUGCGACCUUCGAGUACCCUAGUCCCCAGCUGGUGGGGGCGGAGAGAUAGGCGGGAUCUCCUCCUCCAUCCUUCUGCCCCAGGGUGUGGGUAACUGGGGUGUCGAGGUUAAAGGAUUAAGGAAGGGAAGACGAGGAGUGGAAGUAGGGGGUGGGGGAAAAAGAGAGCAAAAGGGAGUUGUCUGCCCAGCUACUCUUGCUGCUCGGUUCGGAGCUCAUCUGGAGGUGUUUUCCCGUACUUAGGGUUUAGCAAGGGGAAGGGGAGGCGGAACGAUGAGGGGGCAGUGGAGCUACCAGUGGUUAGCAUUGCCAUCGCUGCUGCUUCUGCUGCUGCUGUUGUUGCAGGGGCAAGGUUCUAGCUGCCUCGAGAACCCCUUAAUGUUGACUGAGGAGCGGGUCAGCCAGUUGUUGGGCAAAGGAAUAUUCAUUAUCCAAAAUGAAGACCUUAAGACAUGCAUCCAAGCAAGUAAAUUUGGAUUGAACUUGGAGAAUUGCAACCAACCAACUACAUCUAUGUUAUGGAAAUGGGUUUCCAAACACCAUCUGUAUAACAUAGGCACCAGCACUUGCCUGGGAUUGAACCUUAGUAUCCCUGAGCAGCCAUUAGGACUGUUUGAGUGUGAUUCUACUCAUUUUUCCAUGUGGUGGCGUUGUAACAGAAAGGGGAUAAUUGGUCCAUACCAAUAUAUGCUGGAGGUAAAGAACAGCAAACUGGUGGUGGCUACAAGACAGUCUUCCCAGAAGUGGACUCCAUACAUGUCGGGGAGUGAUGAUAUCUGUGAGCAUCCUUUUCAAGAAUUAUACACAGUGAAAGGAAAUUCCCAUGGAAUGCCAUGUGUGUUUCCAUUCCAGUAUAAUGAUCAAUGGCACUAUGAAUGUACCAGAGAAGGCAGAGAAGAUGGGCAUCUGUGGUGUGCUACAACAAGUCGAUAUGAAAAAGAGGAAAAGUGGGGAUUCUGCCCAGAUCCCACCUCCACAGAGAUAAGUUGUGAAGUUUUCUGGGAGAAGGAUCCUACUACACAUAUUUGCUACCAGUUCAAUCUCUUUUCCAUUCUGUCUUGGUCUGAAGCCCAUUCUUCAUGCAAGAUGCAAGGAGGUGAUUUACUAAGUAUCAUGGAUGGGACAGAAGAAAAUUUUAUAAGGCAGCACUUAAGUACUAAAGCAGUUGAUGUGUGGAUGGGUCUGAAUCAGCUGGAUGCAGCUGCUGGCUGGCAAUGGUCAGAUGGAACCCCGCUCACUUACCUGAACUGGAGUCCAGAUGUAAAGUUUGACCCAUUGCUUGAAUAUCACUGUGGAACAUUCAAUUCUUUGGUGACACAGUCCUGGAGAACACGUGAAUGUGAAUCUGGAUUGCCUUAUGUAUGUAAAAAAUAUUUGAACCGCACUGAACAUGAAGAAUUUGAUGCUUGGAAAUACUCCCCUACACACUGUGAGCCAGGCUGGAAUCCUUACAAUCGCAAUUGUUACUAUCUUCAGAAAGAAAAAAGCCCCUGGAGAGCUGCCUUGCAUUCUUGUCGGUCCAAUAACAGUGAACUGAUCAAUAUAGCAUCAUUAGCAGAAAUAGAGUUUUUCAUGACUCUUCUUAGAGAUGAAAAUGUAUCUGAAACAUGGAUCGGCAUGAGCAGCCAUAGCAUCCCAGUUUCCUUUGAAUGGUCUAAUGACUCUUCUGUCACCUUUACUAACUGGCACACCCAAGAGCCUAAUCUUUCUCUCAAUAGCAGCCAACUCUGUGUUUCAGCUCAGCAAUCUGAGGGAAAGUGGGAAGUUAAAAACUGUGAAGACAACAUUUCUUAUGUUUGUAAGAAAACAGGACAUGUCCUUUCUGAAACUAAAUCAGAAUGUCAUGAGGGAUGGAAAAGACAUGGUGGAUUUUGUUACAAAAUUGACCCAGUUCGCCGAAGUUUUGAACAUGCUUCCAGUGGCUAUUACUGCCCUCCUUCACUUGUAACAGUUACCAACAGGUUUGAACAGGCUUUUAUUACCAGUUUGAUCAGUAGUGUGGUAAAAAUGGAGGACAGUUAUUUUUGGAUAGCUCUUCAAGACCAAAAUGUUACAGGCGAAUACACUUGGAAAACAGAAGGGCAGAAGGAUGAGCCAGUGCGAUAUACAAACUGGAACAAAUAUCAGCCACGCUACAGUGGCGGCUGUGUGGUUAUGCGUGGAAAGAAUCCCCCUGGUGCCUGGGAAGUCAAAGACUGCAGGAGCUUCGAAGCAAUGUCCCUGUGCAAACAACCAGUGACAGAGCGUAAAAAGACUGAAUAUGAAGAAAAGUGGCCUUUUCAUCCUUGCUUUUUGGGAUGGGAAUCCAAACCCACUCUCACCAGUUGCUACAAGGUAUUUCAUAGUGAGAAAGUCUUGAUGAAAAGAACAUGGAGAGAGGCUGAAGCAUUUUGUGAAGAUUUUGGAGCACAUCUUGCAAGUUUUUCUCAUAUCGAGGAAGAGAAUUUUGUGAACGAGCUUUUACACACAAAAUUUAAUAGGACUGAAGAAAGACAGUUCUGGAUUGGAUUUAAUAAAAGAAACCCAUUAUCUGAAGGGUCAUGGGAAUGGUCUGAUGGAACUCCAGUUGUUGCUUCAUUUUUAGAAAAUACUUAUUUUGGAGAGGAUGCAAGAAAUUGUGCUGUGUACCAGGCCAACAAAACUUUGUUGCCCCUGCCAUGUGGUUCCAAACGGGAAUGGAUAUGUAAAAUACCAAGAGAUAUAAAACCAAAGAUCCCCUCGUGGUACACACAUGAUGAACCAUGGCUUUUUCAUCAAGGAAUUGAAUAUCUUUUUCAUAGUGAUCCUUCUGAUUGGGAGAGUUUUGCAUUUGCCUGUGCUUGGCUUGGUGGUGAUAUGCUCAACAUUCUUUCUGCAAUCGAACAAGAAUUUGUCCUCAGCAGGAUAAAAAUGCUAUCAAAGAACGAUAAAAAUUGGUGGAUUGGGCUCCGUGAAGAAAGACCUAACCAUGGAUUUCAUUGGAGAGAUGGCUCCCCAUUAAUAUACCAGAACUGGGAUGAAGGAGGAGAAAGAUCUGUGAAUAAUCAGAGUCAGAGAUGUGGCUUCAUUUCAUCUGAAACAGGACUCUGGAGUAACGCAGAUUGUUCUGUUUAUAUGCCCAGCAUUUGUAAACGUAAAAAUAUAUUAGUUAUAGAGAAAGAAAAGGAAAUACCAAAGCAACAUGGAUUGUGUCCCAAGGGAUGGCUGUACUUUGACUAUAAGUGCAUCCUAGUGGAAAUACCAAAGGACCAAAAGUUCCAGAAGUCCUGGAAGAGUGCUCAGAAUUUCUGUGCUGAAGAGGAUGCCACACUUGCCUCCAUUCAAAACGAAGUGGAGCAAGCUUUCAUUACAAUGAAUCUUUUUGGACAGAAGGCUAAUGUUUGGAUAGGUUUACAGAGUGACAAUUAUGAAAAAUGGCUAAAUGGAGAGCCUGUAACAUAUUCUAACUGGGCUCCAGUUGAGAUAAUAAAUGGUAAGAGCCACAACUCUACAAAUGUUCAAGAACAAGCUUCUCUCUGUACCUUGUUAUCAAGUAAUCCUAAUUUUCAUUUUACUGGGAAAUGGUACUUAGAAGAUUGUAGGAAAAGCACUUUUGGAUUUGUCUGUGAAAAACCACAAGAUACCUCUGGCCACAACAUAAAUGCAUCUACUAUGUUUCCAAUACCAGAAACCUUAGAAUACGGAAAUAGAACUUAUAAAAUAAUUAGUGCCAAUAUGACUUGGCAUGCUGCUUUAAAAGCCUGUACGGAAAAUGGAGCAGAAUUGGUCAGUAUUACAGACCAGUUUCACCAAUCCUUUCUCACUGUCAUCAUCAACAGACUAGGACAUUCCCACUGGAUUGGACUCUUUACCUCAGACAAUGGUCUUAAUUUCGAGUGGUCAGAUGGAACAAAGCCCUACUUCACUUACUGGGAAGAUGAAGAAUCAUCAUCUGUAGGUGAAUGUACUUUUGUGGCUAUAAAUGGACGCUGGAGGAGUACAGACUGUGAAACCCUUCUGCAAGGAGCAAUCUGUCAUGUGCCAAAGGAAAUAAAACAUUCAAAAUACCCAGAGUUAUGCAGAGAAACAUCUAUUCCCUGGAUAAAAUUUGAAAAUAAUUGCUACAGUUUUUCUACAGUCCUAAAUAGUACCAAUUUUGAUGCUGCAUUUGAGUUUUGCAAAAAGGAAGGAGCUAAUCUUUUAACAAUUAAGGAUGAGGCUGAAAAUGCAUUUCUUCUCAAAGAGCUCUUUACAUUUAGUUCUUCCAUCCCAACAGUCUGGUUGAACGCACAAUAUGAUAAUAGCAAUGGUAUCAUCACAUGGUUCGAUGGUAGUCCCACUGAGCAGUCAAACUGGGGUGUAAGGGAACCGGAAUCCAAUCUUUUCAAGGCUGAUCUUUGUUUUGCACUGAGGACCACAGAUGGUGUGUGGCAGUUAUAUCCUUGUAGAGAAAAAAAUGGAUUUCUAUGUAAGAUGGAGACAGAUAUUAAUAUCAUGAAGUCUGCAGAAGCUCCCAGCCACAGCCUUAUUCCCCUUACAGUAGCAGUGAUGCUAGUUGCCAUCCUGGGCAUUUCCACAUUCUUCUACUGCCUCUACAAGCAGAAUGGUGGCUUCUUCAGAAGAUUCAUCCCACUGGGGAGUCCUCCUUAUAUAGCAGCAAACUUGAGAAGGUUACCCAUAGAAGAAAGCAUCCUCAUUUCAGAUCUGGAGAGGAAUGAUUAAUAAGAAUAUUAAAACCAGCGAAAUCCUAGUGACUAUAUUCAGUUUUUAAAAGAAAUGGAUAUUAAGAGGCUCUGUAUUAUAUUUUGUAUUAUAGCCUUGAUGUCAUAGUAAUAUAAAUUGUGUUUUUUUAAGUAAUCAAUCCCUGAGUAAUGACUAUAUUUUAAUUACAACCAUUGAAGCCUGGUUUUAUUUUGGUUCUUCUGGUAAAAUGUAUUUUUUUUCUUUUUAAAGAAAGGAGUUUAUAGAGAGGAUAGGUUAGAAAUAAAUAACACUUAGCAUUCCCAAAGGUUAGUAAUAACUAAAAUGAUGUCCACUAGGUAGAGAAACUAUUUGUUUGAGAAGGGUUUACAAUCCCCAAUUUUCAGAGUCCACAAAUGUUCACAAGACUGUCAGACUAAUGGGGGUAACGUUAUUUGUAUUGUACUACAUUUAUUUCCUUUGAAAUUUGGUUAUUGUAUUUGAGAAUUUUAAUCAGCCUGUGAACAUAUGUUCUUCGUUUGCCCAUCCCCACCUCACUCUAAACCUAAUGAAUUUGUUAGAAGAAAAAAUGUCUUAGAUAGUAAUGGAUAGUAAUUUGUAAUGGAUAGUAAAUUUAUACUGCCAAAUCAAUGACAAUAUUUAUUUAUUUAUUUAUAAUUAGUUCUAGCAUCUUCCAGAAGGUGUGAAAAGGAACUUCAAAUAGCCCAUGAGAAAGCAGUGAAAACAUGGAUUAUGUUGGAGUCAGAGGGCCUGGUUUUGAAUCCUUCUUGGCCACUUAUUGCCUCUGUGGCUGUGGGAAAAUUCUGUUUAUGUCUCUGGGUCUUAUUAGCAGGUUGGACUAGGUGAACACUAAUAAGAUCCUUCCAAAUCUAAAUUUAGAAUCCUUCGGUCUACAUCUUUUUUUUUUUCCCAAUUUAAACAUUAUUUUAUUUGGUUAUUUUCAAACAAUAUUCCUUGGAAACAUCCAUCUAUAUCUUAAUACUGCUGAUCAUCAGACUUUGUGCUUUAAACAAACUAACUUUUUUAAAGAGUUAUAAUGUGGCCUGGGACUACAAGAUUGCAUUUCUGUUCAGUAAACUGAUUUUUAAAAAUUCCCAUGAUUCCAAAUCUCUCCCCUAUACCACUGUGAGCCUUCAUCUUCCAAAAGUAAGGUGAGGUGGCCAUUAUCUAUUUGUGACGUAUAAGGAUAAUUGGUUUAAACUAACCAGGUGGUAAAUAAAGACCAUUUAACAAAAUGCCAUGUGAAAUUAAAGUUCUGUAUUUCUAUGUGGUCUUAGUAAAAACUGCUAAUGAAUUAGUCUUCUAGUCAAGAGGUAUUGAAAUGGAACUGUCACAUAUAAUGACACCACUGAUUAAAUAUGUCAUUAGCAAAACAUUUUUUGUAGUAAGAUGAAUUCACCAAUUUCCCAAUGCUCUGUAAUUAGACAUAGAGUGCUACAUUUCUAAGUGUCUAGGCAUAUGGACAGUUAAUGCAAUCCUUCCUGCUGCCAAAAUUUCCAAAAUGAGCAAAUUUAUGAAAUAAACAAGAUACUGAAAUUCAAUGCUUUAUAUAAAUGCAUUUUCAUUGUGUGGACAUAUAGAUCUGCCUUUAAGUCUUAUCUAGAAUAAGCUUUGGAGUUUCCUGAGUUAUCAGAAUAUGACAUGGAAAACCAUUUAAACAGAUUUAAUAAGAAACAGUGUAUAUAUUAGCUACUCAAGUAACUUUGUAGAAUUUUGAUCUUCUUCAGCCUCAACUCUACAGCUCUGUAGAGCAAUGGGUACAAAGUUAGGUUUGCUUCAGGGAGAUUUGUGUUUAAAUUCUGCCUCUGAUAAACCUUGUAUGAUUGUCCACUUAACUUCAGUGGGCCUCAGGCAACUCUUUAGAACUUAAAGGGGUUACAUCUAAAUUGCUGGACAUUUUAGAGUAUUAUUUUUAAAAAGGACACGAUCUAUUGAAUCAGUCUACACAUUCUGAAAUGUUACGGUAUUGAACAUUAUAGAGUUAUAGCAUUUAAUUUCUAUGUCCUAUAUCUAUGCUAGAUAAAGCAGGUUUUCAUAUGAGAAAGUGAAUUUGACAUUCUCAGCCUCAAGCCAGUAGUGUGGAUACCAUUUUCCCUUCGACUUUGAACCUGGCUUGAGGUGUCACUGGAAUGACUAAAUAAGUAUUGUUAUCCCUUGGCUUUGGAUAAACCCAUUCCAUAUCAGAGUUAUUUAUAAUGAGUUCAUAGUAUUCUCCUGGGCAAAUUGGAAAAUACAAAUAAAAGAUCACUGUCCAACCAGAGUGUGGCAUAAAAAAGAUUUUUUAAGCUUUUUUCAGGAAUUUGAUGUUGUGAGAUGGAUGGGGUUGGCAAUAUGUUGCACAAUGAGAUUGUGUGUCUCAUUCCUAGGUGUUAAAGCUGAUGGGAUAUGACUGUUAGAAUUCAUAUCAGAAAUUAAAAAGUGAUCAUUUUUAUUCUAAAAACAUUGAUCAAGUGAGUUUUGUUUCUUUAGAGCCUAAAGAAAUCAAGACACUUAGAUGAUACAGAACAGCCAUAUUUACUGUAUGCGAUGUCCAUAUUUUUAAUUAAUCAUUUAGUAGACCCUUUGAAAUCAACUUAAAAUAUCAGGUUCGUUCAGGCAAUAGUAUUAAAGUGAAAUAGUUUUGUGUGGUCUCAAUGUUCUUUGAGUUCAACUAGAGUGCACUAAACUUAUAGAGAAGGUAAAUAUUUUUAAACCAGUUUAUUCCAGGACUUGUACUAUUGGGUGUCCCUUUGCUGAACCAUUGCCAUGAUUUCUUGUUGCAUGAUGAUUUGAAGAGAAAACCCAGUAAAUGUUAUACAUAACUCCAUCAGUUAUAUGAAUGAUAUGUGGAUACUAUGUAUUCUCUGAGUGUAAAUAUACACAUAAUUUAUUCAUAUACAGCAAAGGUCUAAUGAAUCCUAAUUGGGAGAAAGAAUUGAAAACUAAAAAAAGCCCUCUAUAAGCCAAUGACCUUCUUUACUAAAAGCUAAUUAACACAAGUACUUGAUGCUUGCAGAGUACUUCUGCUGCAAUUUAGAGCAAAUUAAGGGGGGGAAAUCAUUUGAGUGGUGUUUUCUUCACACUCUGAAGUGGCUAUGAUGGACUGCAGUUAACUCAUUUAAAUCAUCAUCAUCCAUUUCUUGUAAUUGCAUGUGGCAGCAACCUUGAACUUCCCUGUUAAAAAAAAUAGCCUACCUCUGAAAUGAAGUUAUCUUCUAUUUAUUUUCCUAUGCUGCUAUUUGGAAGUGAAAGCAGAAAAUUUUGUUUAAAAGACAGAAAAGACACUCAGCUGCUGAUAUUUUUCCCCUCUUAAAGAAAGAAUCUCUCUUUUCUCAGCUCCAGAUUCCACUUCUGCUUCUUGAACUUACUGGCUGGAUAAUCCUGAGCAAGUCAGACAACUUCCUAGGACUUAUUCACAUAGACAUUGGCAUCUGUGUUGGGAGAGGUGUUUCAGGCCAGGAGGCAAGUUUGACAAAGGAGAUUUGAAUUAGGCCUACAUGCUCCUAGUACCAUGGCAAGCAAGGAGGUUGUGGUGCAGGCUUGGGGUACUUUGGGAUAGCUUUUUCUGCAGGUGGAUUGAUUUGGAACCCAGCUGUGGGCCCUUUGUUCAAGAAAGGUCCAGAAAGGACUUUUGUUGCAUUGGCGCAAUGUUGCUGAAAUCCUCCAGGGGGCUUCCUUAAAUGCUGCUUUCUCUGUCUUCUUGUCCCCAGCUUGUCUCUAUUUUUAUCUUCCGUAACUGCUUUAAACACCAUGGGAACUGUUUCUGUCUGAGUGAUCCAUUGCAUCAGAUGUUGGAACCACUACCAAAGGGGACAGAAGGGAAUUCCCAAACCUGGAGUUCCCUAUACUAAUAAAAUCAUUGUUCUUUCCCAUAUUUGCAUAUUUGGGGGCACAUUGAUUUUAGUUUUAAAUGUUUUCUAACUAAAUAUAUACUGUAUCAACUAUGGAAAUCUAUUAAAGGACUAAUUUUUUAUUGCUA